CUCGCCGAGGCAGCGGGCAGAUCCGGACGACCCGGGUUCCGGUGAGGCCGCCGCCCGUGCGCCCGCGGUGCUCCCAGCUGAGCACCAGGCGGGCGCGCGGCCCCCGGGGACGGGCGGCGUCUGCCGGCCCUCGCGCGCCCCCGCGGCGCCCCCUCCCGGCUCCCGAGUGCGCCAAGCGCGCAUGCCCGGGGCGGGGCGCCCAGCCGACCAGGGACGGCGCGGAGUCGGGUCCGCCUGCCAGCGCGACCGGGAGCACCGAGGUGGUCUGCGCGGCGGGAGCCGGAGCUACUAGGAGCCGGCGCGGAACUAGACAACUGUCCUGAGCUCAAACAUGGCGGUGAGGGUAGAGGCUUGGUCCUAAAGACCCAGCCUGGCUCUACCUGCUUUGGAAGGACUCCAGCUCCCCAAGAUCCCUUUGCUCCUCACAGGAUGGGAGCCUGGGCACUGGAGGCCCGGUCAUGAGGGACUGCUGCUCCUCUCCAAAGGCUAUCCCUACACCCCCAAGGCACACCCUUGACCAAAGCCUAGGCAUGGACUCCAGACACAGCAGUUCCAGUGGGGCUGGGGAAGGGGCCUCCUGUUCUGAGAACCCUGCUGGGAGCUUAGCCUGCCCAUCUCCUACCUGCAGCCCUCUCCCAGAGACAGUGAGGGCACAUGGAGCCUUGACCUCAGAAGCCUCUGAAACGACUUUGUUUGGGAAACCAGAGCCCAUGUCCUCAGCAGAAGCUGCUCCCACAGCCACAGAGAUCAGAAAUCCUGUGUUCUCUGAGAAGAUGGAGUCCAACUCCUUGAAGCAGGCAGAUUCUACUUUCACACGAAAGGAAGACUCUGGGUCCUUGAGGAAGGAAGAGUCCAUGUUGAAGGGAAAGGCAGAGCCUAUGAUCUGUGGAAAGGGGGAGCCUGGGGCCGUGGGAAGGAUGGACUACACAGCUCCACGGGAGGAGGAUUCUGGGUCCUCGGGAAGAGUAGACACAGCAUGUCCCGGCAAAGUGGAUAUAGUAUCCCCAGGAGGGGAAAAUGCUGGGUCUUUAAGAAAGGUAGAGGCUAUAUCCUCAGGCAAAAUGGAUCCAAAAAAGGAGAACCCCAUACAUUCCAGAAGAGAGCACCCUGGAUCCACAGGAGAGGAGGAUCUUAUGUCUCUGAGGAAAAAUGAUAUGAAACCCCCAGAAAAGGCAGAUCCUGCAUCCACAAAAAAAACAGAUCCUGGGUUCUCUGGAAAGCUAACUCCAGGAUCAUCAGGCAAGACAGAGCUUGAAUCCUCAGUAACUGUGGCUCCUGUAUCCUCCGAAAAUGUGAACCCUGUAUGCUCCGGGAGAGCGGAUCCUGCAGCUGUUCGGAAUACAGAAACUUUGUCCUCAGCCAAAGAGGACCCUCAGUUUCUUGGAAAGAAAGAGCCUGUCUCCUCAGAAGAGAGUGGGCCUGUGUCUGUAGGAAUGACAGAAACAGUGUCUGCCAGACAACCGGAAGGUAUGUUUCCAGCAAAGACAGAUCCUACAUCUUCGAACAAUACAGGACCUUCAGGCAGAGUGGACCCUGUUUCCUUAAGAAAUUCGGAACUUGUGUCCCCAGUAAAACCAGAACACUUGUCUUCUGGGCAGGCAGAACGUGUGUCCUUGGUCAAAACAGAAACCUUAUCCUCAGGAAAAGAAGAUCCAAGGUCCUCUAGAAAGGUGGAUCACACGACUAUCACAGGAAACAUAAAAACAUCUCAAAGGGGGGAUCCCGAGUCUUCAGGAAAGACAGUCCCUGGGUCUUCGAGUUCAGGAGAUACUAGGUCUCUGGGGACUUGGGAGUCCCUGUCUGCUGCAAAAGUUGAGGUGACUGAGGGGAAAGGAGACCCACAAUCCUUGGAGAAGGCAAAUCUCCCAGCCUCAGAGAAGGCUGAUCCCCUGGCUUUAAGCAAGGCGGGCUCUGCAAGCCAGGGAAAGGCAGAAACUGUUCCCUCUGGAGAAGUGGGCUCUAUGACUUUGGGAAAAACAGUCCCAACGAAUUCAGGAAAAACGGCUUUGGUGUCCCCAGGGAAGGUGGAUCUCGUGGCUUCAGAAAGAGCAGAAGGCAUUCAAGAGCUGAAGGCUCAAGAGAAAAGGAAUCCUGGGAACUCCACACGGGUGGACACCAGAGCCUCAGGGAGUACUGAGCCCAAAUCUGGGGUCAAAGUCGUAACCCAGCUUCCAGGUGCCACAUCCCCAGGAAAGGUGGAAGCUCCGUCUUUGCAAAAAGAGCAGCCACAACUGUCUGAGAAGACAGAUCCCUCCGGAAAAGUUGACCCCACCCCGUCUGUGGAAACUGUGUCCCUGGGGAAGGCUGACUCUGCAUCUCCAUCUCCUAGAAAAGCAGAGUCUCAGACUUCGGCAAAGACUGCCCCUCAGGCUCCAGACAAGGCCACAUCCUCUUUCAGGCAAUCAGAUGGUACACCCUGCAGCUCAGCCCAGCCCCGGAGAGAUACCAGGAGCCUCGGGGCCCUGCCAGAGCCGGAGCCCUCGGCCAGCACCAGCCAGAAAGACCUAGCGGCAGCAACGGCUCAGAAGAGCCCCAGCGCGGAGGGUGCAGCGCCCCCGCCAGGGCCACGGACUCGCGACAACUUCACCAAAGCGCCGUCGUGGGACGCCGGAGCGCCACCGCCGCGCGAGGACGCGGGCACGCAGGCUGGCGCGCAGGCCUGCGUCUCGGUGGCGGUGAGCCCCAUGUCCCCGCAGGACGGCGCGGGCGACCCGGCCUUCAGCUUCCAGGCGGCGCCACGUGCGCCCAGCCCGGCGCCCAGGCCACCGUCGCGCCGGGACGCGGGCCUGCAGGUGUCGCUGGGAGCCGCCGAGACCCGCUCAGUGGCCACGGGGCCCAUGACCCCGCAGGCCGCCGCGCCGCCCGCCGUGCCGCCCGUCUUCCCUGAGGUGCGGGUGCGGCCAGGCUCCGUGUUGGCGGCCGCCAUGGCGCCCCAGGAGGCGGCCGAGCCGGUGCGCGACGUGAGCUGGGACGAGAAGGGCAUGACGUGGGAAGUGUACGGUGCCUCCAUGGAGGUGGAGGUGCUGGGCAUGGCCAUCCAGAAGCAUUUGGAGCGUCAGAUCGAGGAGCACGGCCGCCAAGGGGCGCCGGCGCCGCCGCCCGCCGUCCGCGCGGGCCCCGGCCGUGCAGGCUCCGUGCGCACCGCGCCGGCGGAGGGCGCCGCCAAGCGCCCGCCCGGCCUCUUCCGCGCGCUGCUGCAGAGUGUGCGCCGGCCGCGGUGCUGCUCGCGGGCGGGACCCACCGCCGAGUGAUCUGUCCCCGUGUGUUUUGUAGGCCCGGGUUUCCAACCUUCUCAGGCUCCCUUCUCAUGCCUGGCCCUUGAAAGCGGUGUCCAACUCCCGAGUGCGUCACGCCUCCGAGGAGUGAGCAGCUUUCAGGGGCUUCUUUCCAGUCCCUCCCUUCCCAAACACUGAUGAAAACCCCUUAUCCAGCCCCUUUGUGGCCAGGAGCCCACACACCCAGCCCCGACAACUCCACCCUGGUGCCCUCACAGCCUUUUGCUCCACUCCCGCGGGAACUACGGGAAGAGCACAGGGACCUGCUCCCACCCUUCCACCCUAGAACUGAGGCAGGCUCCUGAGAUGGCCAGACUGGUGCUUUGAGGCUUCCAGUGGGCCAGGUCCCCAGAACGGGGAAAGACUGCAUGCAGAUUUUUAAGUGUUCUUUCACGUGUGCCAGGAUUGAUGUAAUGCCACCAGAAAGGCAAAAUGGGAGUCUGGGGGGAGGGGGGCAGCGAGUCUCUGAGCAGUGAGAGGUCUCUACAUGGUGCUGGCCCCAUGGCCAGGGCAUCUGUUGCAUGCUGUUGGUAGUCCUAGCCCCAUCCCUGCCUCUCCCCACCUAGCCCAGUACCCUAGUCCUAUUUUCUCCCCUACUUAGCCACUAUGCACAGUUCCCAUUGAGGCCAAAUGCUAGGAGUGCCCUGGGGCUCAACUGAGGAGAGUCAUGGAAAGGUCAGAGGGUCUUAGACAGGACUGAAGGUCAUUGUAAAGCUCCUAGAAGGUCUCAGGCCAUCGACCACCUGGGUGACAGCUGGUCUUGGGUAUUGGGAACAGGAUGGAGGGCCCAUUUGACAUCUACAGCUGUCUUUAAAGGUUCCCCUCUUACCCCCGCCCCCAUACACAAUGCUGUGAGCCCCAAGUUCCUUGUAACCACUGAGUGCCCUGGUCCCUAACCCUCUAGCCUCUGUUUUUGGCUACUAACUGUCACAGUAUACAUUGGUAAUAAAACCUUUCCCCAA